GUGUGGAGCUGAGGAAGUGGGAGUUUCUCCCCUCAUGAAAAUGUUAUGGUGGUGAAUUUGGGUAGGAGAGAGAUGUUUCGCCGGCGGUUCUUUUCCCUGCUCGGCUCAGUAGAAGACGGACCCUGUUUUGACUGCAUGGCUUAAAGAGCUCGCCGGUAUCCGGCAGGGCUCUGCAGGUAAGUAAAAGCAUAAGAAACGGAGCAGGUGCGGUCUUCUUCCUACAAAACUUGGAGCUAAUUAAGGUUCGCGGAGGUCGUCCUUCCCUCUCCGCAGUUAUAUAUGAAUAUACAAUUAUAUCGCAGCCUUUCAGGUUGGAGAAUAAAGAUAGUCUUCCGGUUAUUCAUACUCUGAACCUGCCUUCUCAACACUCUUGUUGGCUGGGCUAAGACUAUGGCUCCUAAAGAUAUAAUGACUAAUUCACAUGCCAAGUCCAUUCUUAAUGCAAUGAACUCUUUGCGAAAGAGUAACACACUAUGUGAUGUGACCCUGCGUGUGGAACAAAAAGACUUUCCAGCUCAUCGUAUUGUAUUAGCUGCUUGCAGUGACUACUUCUGUGCUAUGUUCACAAGUGAGCUUUCAGAGAAAGAUAAACCCUAUGUGGAUAUCCAAGGGCUAACAGCCUCAACUAUGGAAAUACUGCUGGAUUUUGUAUAUACAGAGACUGUCCAUGUGACAGUAGAAAAUGUUCAGGAGUUACUCCCUGCAGCCUGUCUACUUCAGCUGAAAGGAGUAAAGCAGGCUUGCUGUGAAUUUCUGGAAAGCCAGUUGGAUCCUUCUAACUGUUUAGGUAUUCGUGAUUUUGCUGAAACGCAUAAUUGUGUUGAUUUAAUGCUGGCGGCAGAAGUUUUCAGUCAGAAGCAUUUUCCAGAUGUAGUACAACAUGAAGAGUUUAUCCUCCUCAGUCAAGAAGAAGUGGAAAAACUCAUCAAGUGCGAUGAAAUUCAGGUAGCUUCUGAAGAGCCUGUCUUUGAAGCAGUUAUUAAUUGGGUGAAACACUCAAAAAAGGAACGGGAAGCCUCUUUACCAGAGCUUUUGCAAUACGUGCGCAUGCCACUUCUAACUCCACGCUAUAUCACCGAUGUCAUAGAUACUGAGCCUUUUAUCCGAUGCAGUUUACAGUGCAGAGACCUUGUAGAUGAAGCUAAAAAGUUUCAUUUAAGACCUGAACUCCGGAGCCAAAUGCAAGGUCCAAGGACCCGAGCACGUCUAGGUGCCAAUGAAGUUCUACUUGUAAUUGGGGGUUUUGGAAGUCAACAGUCUCCCAUUGAUGUGGUGGAGAAAUAUGACCCCAAAACACAAGAAUGGAGCUUCUUACCAAGCAUCAGCCGCAAAAGACGCUAUGUUGCUACAGUUUCCUUGCAUGACCGGAUAUAUGUAAUAGGUGGCUAUGACGGCCGUUCACGUUUGAGCUCUGUGGAGUGCUUAGAUUAUACUUCUGAUGAAGAUAGCAUUUGGUACUCUGUGGCUCCAAUGAAUGUUCGACGGGGUCUAGCAGGGGCCACAAGUCUAGGAGAUAUGAUAUAUGUUUCUGGAGGUUUUGAUGGAAGCAGACGCCACACCAGUAUGGAAAGAUAUGAUCCAAAUAUUGAUCAGUGGAGUAUGUUGGGAGAUAUGCAGACAGCUCGUGAAGGUGCAGGACUGGUUGUGGCCAAUAAUAUUAUCUACUGCCUUGGUGGGUAUGAUGGUCUGAACAUCUUAAAUUCUGUGGAGCGAUAUGAUCCCCAUACAGGCCAUUGGACAAAUGUGACUCCAAUGGCUACUAAACGCUCAGGAGCUGGAGUAGCCUUGCUCAAUGACCACAUCUAUGUGGUUGGAGGGUUUGAUGGAACAUCACAUCUCUCCUCUGUGGAAGCUUAUAACAUUCGUACAGACUCUUGGACAACAGUAACAAGCAUGACAACACCCCGCUGUUAUGUGGGGGCAACAGUGCUCCGUGGAAGGCUUUAUGCCAUAGCUGGGUAUGAUGGAAACUCACUCCUGAGCAGUAUUGAAUGCUAUGAUCCUAUCAUAGACAACUGGGAAGUGGUGACAUCACUAGGAACCCAACGUUGUGAUGCUGGUGUUUGUGUACUACGAGAGAAGUGACUUUAGGAAAGGCUUGGGAGAGCACUUCCAUGGAACAAUUACCAGAAAAAGCAUUGCCUGACUUGGAAUUAUUGAUCCUGUAGCUGUGAAUUAAGUCACUUUUAAUAUCUGGACUAUGCUGCAAAUUAUCAACAGAUCUACUGAUUCUGGUUUGAAGAAAAACCCAGCCACAAUGCACUUUGGCUUGACAAUGGAUGAACUGCAUGCUCGUGUAGA